GGACCACGAAAACAAGUUAGUGAAGCCUCAGUCUCAACGCACCCACCGGCCACCGGAGUUGGUCCUACACGAGAAAAACACGCCAACGUCAACAAACUCGAUGUUAUGACGCAGAUUUAGGAACUUUCCACGGACUUUUUCCUGACCGAUACGAAUUUAGUUUUUAUCUCCCUUUUCACGUAUCGGUGAUGCCCGCUGGUAUGUUUAGCAUCGACAGUAUCCUGGCCGGGAGACCCACUUGCAAGGACUCAGUGCUCCUCCAUCGGAAUGCCCCGGUGGUGUUCUCGAACCUCACGGAUUCCAUCUACACCGCUGCCGAUUAUAAUGGACUCUACUCGCACACAACUGGACCUUCUCCCUCGGGCAUCCAGGCGGUGAACGGGACUAGAAUAGGAUAUAAUAACUAUUAUUAUGGACAACUGCAUGUGCAGGGCCCCAGUGGGCCUGCUUGCUGCAGCGCUAUCCCUACCCUCGGCUCGCAACAGUGCCCGUGUAUUCCAACAGGUAGGUUGCCCUCUCCCACUUCUAUCUGUAGUCAAAAGUAAACAUUAAAAACUCUGCAUGUUCCUUGGGUGAUGGACAAUGUAACGCUGCCUGUAAUGACAAGUAAAAGUUAAAACAUUAUGUUAGGCUAUAGAGGAUGAUAGAUAUAGUGUACUUACUGUGAUGAAGAUGUCGUUGUCCCACUGGCUAUCCUAAGUUGAAUGCACCAAUUUGUAAGUCGCUCUGGAUAAGAGCGUCUACUAAAUGACUUAAAUGUAAAUGUAAAUAUAGGUAAAUUGGUUGGUGUUUUAACUUGUGAAUGCGCCCAUUGCGCAACAUUACACACAAGGUCAUUUUGGUGGCACAUAUAGCCUAUUUAAGAAGCCUAUCCAUGGUAUAGGCCUACUCUAAUUCAGUUUUACUUUUACGCAUUAACUAGAAUACAUUUUAUGCUAAACUUUGUGUAGACAUUUGCAUGGGAUGAUGCGUGUGCUAUAUUAUACAUGUGUAAAGGUGUUGUUUUUGCUGUCUAAAUAGUUUGAUUUGUGCGGAGUUGUUUUUUUUUCGUUUUUUUCAUUUGUGAUAUCUGUAUAGGCCUAUUGGGUGUGGUGCGAAUUGAAUUAUUCAUUGAGGACAAACAAAUGUUUGUUUAUUUCUCCAUGCAGCUUAUGACCGCACGGGCUCUGUGCUCAUCUCUCCCAUCCCGCACCAGAUGAUGUCCUAUAUGAACGUGGGCACCUUGUCUCGGACCGAGCUCCAGCUCCUGAACCAGCUCCACUGCCGACGCAAGAGGAGACACCGGACCAUCUUCACCGACGAGCAGCUCGAGGCCCUGGAAAAUCUCUUUCAGGAGACCAAGUACCCUGACGUUGGCACACGGGAACAGCUUGCGCGGAGAGUGCACCUACGGGAGGAGAAGGUCGAGGUGAGUGCAUGCACGGCCCUGUGUUGCUGGCUGUCUACCACCGCUAUACACACAUUAGGCUGCGUUUAUUUUCAGAAUAUCUGUGAAGGAUCUCUCCAUAUGACGAAAAUAAAGGUAUCAAUAUAGAACGUUCGUUGCGCAUUGUAACAAUUAUGCACAUUCGUUGAAAGGCCAAAUAUUCUAUCCAAGCGUUACGCACAUAGUAAUAGAAAUCGUUUACGUCUUUCUAGUGCCAAAAAUAUGUUAUAUUAACCCAAAUUACGUUACAAGUACUCUACAACACGGUAUAACAAAUAUUUCAUACAAAGUAAAAAAUAUUGUAUCUUCUAUUUUCGCAUAGGUGUGGUUCAAAAACAGACGAGCGAAAUGGAGAAGACAGAAAAGGUCGUCCUCGGAAGAAUCUGAAAACUCACAGAAAUGGAACAAAUCGACGAAAACACCCACAGAGAAAACCGAGGAAAACAAAAGUGAUGUGGAUUCGGACAGCUGAUAUUAAUCUAACACAAAAAAAUAGAAAAGACUGUUGGUUGCAUAGCCUAUAGGUGGAUGCGCAAAUAGGCUUCAUACAGGAUUUGGACUUCUUGUACAUAAUGUGAUGUGGACUGAAGUAAUGAAAUCUUUUGACAUGAUGUUGCACAGUUGUAUAGUAAAUAUUACUUUUAUUAUUGCUAUGGGGUAAGCUAUUUAUAUUUAAUUUAAAGUUUUUGUUAAGCAUACCGUCCCGAAGAUGUGGUGAGCAAGGAGCCAGGAUCAGUUUUCUGGCGUGUCUCAAUACUUCGCGAACAGACAUUACAUCUCAUAUAGAUAUUACAUGUUAUACAUCGGAUAUUGUUAUUUACCGCAAAUAAUAUUCUGAAACUACAUCAAUGGGGAAAAUAUAUUCAUAGAGUUAACAGGAAUCACACUUAAUGUGGAACUAUUGACGGGGAAGCGUUUUGUCACCUUUAUAAGAUAAAAGGACAAAGCUAUAUUUGUCAACUCAUAACCAUACAGACGUGUUUGGGGAUUUGACUAAAAUGAUUUGUCAAUAUGUUGCAAUUAAUGAUAAUUACAGGAACAAUGAAUCUACAUUAAAUCAUAUCUGAAUCAUCUCUAUUUCCUUUGUCUCCUUUAGCAUGUUUUCCUUCUAUUUCUAAUAAUAUUAUCUAUAUUUAUGAAUUGGAAAUUAAAAUGCCUUGAUUGACAGUAGGCAAAAGUGUGCUGUUUUCAAGACAUUUGAAAAAAGACGCACUGCAAAAGACACCCGUAUGCAUGGAAAUAGUGCUUGAAUCGCAUGCGGAUAAAUUCUGGAAAAGGGUCCUAAAUGAUGCAGUUGAUAUGAAGCUUCUAGUCUUCUUAUAACAUUUUAUUUAAUGCGUUAGGUAAGCUACCAAACACAA